UUGUUCUCCAACGCCAAGGAAGACGAGCUCUAACUCUCUCUCUCUCAAUAAGAUGGAUACCUUUCUGUUCACUUCGGAGUCCGUCAAUGAGGGCCACCCCGACAAGCUCUGCGACCAAGUCUCCGACGCCAUACUCGAUGCCUGCUUGGAACAGGACCCUGAGAGCAAGGUGGCCUGCGAGACCUGCACCAAAACGAACAUGGUCAUGGUGUUCGGUGAGAUCACCACCAAGGCCAAGGUCAACUACGAGAAGAUCGUGCGCGAUACCUGCCGCGGCAUCGGUUUCGUCUCCGCGGACGUCGGCCUCGACGCCGACCGCUGCAAGGUGCUGGUCAACAUCGAGGAGCAGAGCCCCGACAUCGCCCAGGGCGUGCACGGGCACCUGACGAAGAAGCCGGAGGAGAUCGGCGCCGGUGACCAGGGCCACAUGUUCGGAUACGCCACGGACGAGACCGCGGAGCUGAUGCCGCUGACCCACGUCCUGGCCACCAAGAUCGGCGCCCGGCUCACGGAGGUGCGCAAGAACAAGACCUGCCCGUGGGUCAGGCCGGACGGGAAGACGCAGGUGACCGUCGAGUACCGGAACGAUGGCGGCGCCAUGGUGCCCGUCCGGGUGCACACCGUCCUCAUCUCCACCCAGCACGACGAGUCGGUCACCAACGAGCAAAUCGCCGCCGACCUGAAAGAGCACGUCAUCAAACCGGUCAUCCCUGCCAAGUACAUCGACGACCGGACCAUCUUCCACCUGAACCCGUCGGGCCGAUUCGUCAUAGGCGGGCCUCACGGCGACGCAGGCCUGACAGGAAGAAAGAUCAUCAUCGACACCUACGGCGGGUGGGGCGCGCACGGCGGCGGCGCGUUCUCGGGGAAGGAUCCGACCAAGGUGGACCGCAGCGGCGCCUACAUCGCGAGGCAGGCCGCCAAGAGCGUGGUGGCUUCUGGGCUGGCCCGGAGGUGCAUCGUGCAGAUCUCAUACGCCAUCGGCGUGCCAGAGCCGCUGUCGGUGUUCGUGGACACCUAUAAGACGGGGAAGAUAGCCGAUCAAGAUAUACUGGUACUGAUCAAGGAGAACUUCGACUUCAGGCCGGGGAUGAUCGCCAUCAACCUCGACCUGAAGAGGGGUGGCAACUUGAGGUACCAGAAGACUGCGGCCUAUGGGCAUUUUGGCCGUGACGAUCCUGACUUCACGUGGGAGAAGGCGAAGGUUCUGAAGGCGAACAAGGCCUGACUGAAGUCCAUCAGUGGAUGA